CCUUCGGAACAUUGUAAUUGCGAAUGAGCACUGACAGAAUCACAAAUAGCUCUCCGGUCAUCGUCAAGCAUCAACUCUUGCAUGGUCGUGCGAGUUUGGGUCUCGCCAACCACAUCCAUUUUGAGGGGAAAUAUGGCCAUGCCCUCACGCAAAUUUCGACAACUGGCGUCAGUGACUCCUGGAUGCACAAACACAUCAGAUGGUUUAUCAUUGGACCACUCUGAAGCUGUGCCUGCUGGGUAUGCAGGAGAGCUUCGUGUGGGCGGCCAAUGUGGGAGCCUCGUCGGUGAAUGUUGGCCACAGCUCCAGGUAUAAAGUAGCGACUCCAUUUCUGUAUCAAGGGAUUAUUUUACAUUUCUUCGCACGCACUGUUUGCUGGAAUCGAAGAACGUUCCAACUUGUGCUUUCAUGAUCGGAAUCUAAUUAUCGUCGUACAUUCCCAGAUUGCCUCUCAAACCGAAACAAUCGCAACAGCAACCACAUAAUGACAUGCAACCACGCAAGGGCAGCGAGUCUCUUGCCAUCUUUGGAGGCUCCAAGCUCAAUUCGGGAUUGACUAUAUGAAUCGUUUGAAGAACACCCGCACGCUAUUGUUGCCCCUUCGCUGCAUGAAAGCAAACCCGAGUUUGACGAUUCCACAAAACCUACUAUCCAAUCCGUUCAUCCCUUACUGUCAUUUGAGCCGUUGCCACAUGGGCAUACGGUCAUGGACCAGUAUGGCGAGCCAGCCAAACUCGAUGUUGUUGCGCAAAUACAUGGGAAGUUUUUUUUAUCUGAGAUAGCAACUCAUACUGGCGAAAACACUAUCAUGCAGCCGGAGCUCACCUGCUACCGGCGAAACCUCUUCCAGAUAUCGGGUUCCAUCAUAUGCCCAGCAGGGCCUCUGUCGGUUGACACUGGCUACGGCGAGUCAAUGUCUAUUGUGUCGCAUGAAAUUACGGUAUCAGCUACGGAGUCUGUGGAGGGACACAAUAUCCGACUAGUUGUCAUCCCGUGGAAGACCCCACCAGCAAAUUCCCCAGAUCUUCCAGAACAAGAGCCAGUAGCCAUACCAAUCGACAUCCUUGGAAAUGAAGACAAGAACAACGAGACUAUCUCUCAACAAAUUGCAUGGAGUAGGCUCCAGUUCCGUGUUGCAACAGCCAACAAUGGUCGCAGGAAAGAAAUACAACAACAUUUUAUAUUACGCCUAAAACUAAUAUCCACGCUAGCCGAUGGAUCUAGAGUGUGCACAGUCGAAUCGGCGACAGCGCCUAUGGUGGUACGUGGACGGAGUCCCAGGAACUUCCAAGCCAGGAAAGAAAUACCGCUGGUAGGAUCAUCAGCUUUACCUAGGGGCCACAAUUCUCGCGUAUCUCCUUCCCAGAAGAAGGAUUCCUUGAUUCCCAAAAGACCUGGCAUUGCAAAGCCAGCAACGAUGGGCUUGCUGAAGCGACCUUUCCACUAUCCGCAGUGGAAUCAAGCGCAACAGCAAUCUAGGCAUGCCGCACCUCCAACAACACCGUUUUCACAACCAUGGAGUAGCAUAGCUGCAUACAGCAACGAAAUUCAAAGAUUGCAUACUGUUCAAGAUCCACCCCCGCUUCACCGACUACCAGAGCAGAUCCUGCCGAUUGAGUCGUCAUCUCAGCAUUUAUACUCGCCCACGGCUUCGUUAUCCGCGCAAUUUGACCCUAACCAGCGUCCGAUGAUAUCUCCACGCUACACGGAAGUGCCUCACAACCCGCUCUAUCAGCCUUUUGAAUAUGCACCAGCUCCUGCGCCAUGGUCAAUCACCAAAACAGAUGGGCCAACCUAUGGUGCGGCACUGCAUCUGCCACCCCAACAGCCGCCCUAUCAGACGGAACAAGUUCAUGCUAGAGAUGACACCCAGAAUAUCGCAUAUACAUGGAGCGCCGCUGGCUGACUCAUAUUACGCCGCAUUUCAAUCAUUUAUCUAUAAGAAAAACUUUGUACCAUAGCGGGUUAGCUAUAUACUGCCAAAUUAGCAUUGUGACGUCUGUUAUUCGACUUCUUAUAUAAUAUCUUCUUGUUCCUCGCCAUUUUCUUGUUCUGAUAGGAGGGAAGAUAAACAUGGGAUAUACAACUCGGAGACGAGUCUUGGGGUAUCUACAGAACAAUAUAUCAUUACAAACGAAGUAACCUACCCUAUUGUGGCUCAUGAGGCUGGAAACUUGGCCUCUAGUUAGGGAGGUGGUUAUCUAUCAUCUUAUUGAACAGCCGGAAGUGAAAUCGUCAUGUAGAAACCAAAUAUAGCCCCUCACACAAUAGUCUAGGUGACAAACGGCCCCACCUGUCAGGUGGACAGCACGAGGAAGAUCACUGUCUUCGCGUUUUAAGCCUGCGGUACCAGGUAUCCCCUGAUGCAGCGUGGGAAUGCCCUUUCCAUGCAUCAACAUAGAUGCCGCUAUAAAAGGAACUGAUGCAGCGUAUGUCACGCUGAUGCUGCAUGGCACACCGGUGUAAUUUGGGACUUCGUGCUUCCUCAUUCAGCCCGCUGCAGAAAAGAACGCAAUUGACUCAUAGCUGGCUUUCACUGUCACCCAAUUAUUCCCGCUCUUACAUGAGUGAGAAUUUUAGGUUGUUGGCGACCUUCAGAUUCCUUCCUAUAUAAAGUGCCAAAUUCCUACUGUCUUUCUUCCGUCCU